ACUGGCUUUCAAUAUAUUUGGAGUUCCGUUCAUGGGCGCUGAUAUUUGUGGGUUUUUCGAGAAUGUAACUGAGGACUUGUGUAUUCGAUGGAUAGAAGUAGGAGCAUUCUACCCCUUUUGUCGAAACCAUAAUGAUGAGGAGAGCAAGGAUCAAGAUCCGGUAAUUCUGGGGGAGAAAGUAGUGGAAGUCUAUAAAUCCCUUCUAAACAUCCGUUAUUUUCUCUUGCCUUAUCUGUACACUUUGUUCUACAACAGCCACACCAGGGGGCAGCCAGUUAUUCGACCCUUGCUUUUCGAUUUCCCAACAGAUGAGGAAACAUUACACGAAGACCGACAGUUCCUGUGGGGAAAGGCUCUAAUGAUUAUUCCUGUGUUGGAAAAGAACGCGGACGUAGUGGAAGUCUACUUUCCUCGUGCUACAUGGUAUGAUUAUUACACAGGCAUGAAAGUCGUGACGACAGGUCAGAAAUAUUUAUUAGAUGCUCCUCUUGGAAAAAUUAAUCUAGCUCUCAGAGGUGGAAACAUCAUCCCAGCUCAAGAAGCAGCACAAACCACAACAGUCAGCCGAAAUAAUCCUUUUCAUCUUCUUGUGGCUUUGAGUGAAGACGGGGAAGCAGAUGGAGACCUGUACUGGGAUGAUGGAGAAUGCCAGGAUCCUGUUCAGAAUGGAGCUUACAAUUUAAUUAGGUUUACAGCCAAGAAACAAUCGAUCAUGACGUCAGUAAUUAGGAAGGGUUAUAUGACAACAAUGGAGAUGAGCAUUGUCUGGAUAUAUGGAGUGGUGAAAGCGCCCUCUAGAGUUACGAUAAAUAGCUUUCCUGCAACAUAUCAGUACGAUACUGAAACAAAGCUAUUGAAAAUCGUAUUGAGAGAUGUUAGUCUACUACACGAGAACCUACUACUGUGGAUUUAAUACUGAACGGGAAUCUUGAAUAUUUGUGUUAAUAUCUAGCUGAAUCGAUUAAAUACUUCCUUAAUCGUACUUUUUAUUUUGAGAAAAAUUAACUGAUAAUCUUAUUUUGUAUUUCCAAUGGGUAGUUUUAACUUUGAUAUUAGAAUGCUGUAAUGUUUAUGUAAACUUGCUAACUAGGGAUAGACAAAAGACGUUUAUUUGUAAAGCUUGGUACAAUGCUUGAUUGUGUAGUUGCAACUCCUACAAAUCUCAAAAAAAAAACUCACAUGAGAUUCUAUAAUUUCUGUAAUAAACUAGAAACUUAAUCACAU